AUGAACGGCAAGCACCCCCACGAUGAUCCGCCUCCUGCGCCAACAAAAUCGCGAAUCUCGAAGAGUCGCUACGGCGUCUGGGACUUCUACGAGGAAAUAUUCCAGCAUGCUCAGCGGCCUGGGUGGCGAGCGUCUCUCCAGCACAAAUUCCGCGAAUUCUCGGACGGUUGGCCCCACGUGCGCCGCAUGAUCACGGAUGUCGCGAACAUACCAGGAUGCAUAAGGCUCGCGAUCAUCUAUGCGAUUUGCGAGAUUGCUAUCUCAGUCCUUCCCGCGGGUUCGAUCUGGUUCGAAGGGCAGCUUCUGACCAUCAUUCAAACCGCCAUCGACUCCCGCACAGUCAACGCAGGCCUUCUCCUGCGCAUCUCUCUUGGCCGCCUGGUCUGCAGCCUCCUCAUCGUCUUGGUCAACCGCUUCCGAAAGUCGAUCGAGGGCCCGUUGAAUGCCCGCAUCCGCCGCUGGUACGCCGCCCAUGCAUUCGCCGCCGCCGCCCGUCUCGACGUCCCCACGUUCCACUCGCCCACCGCCCGGCGCGCGCUAAACGACACCGACAACACGUCGUGGGGCAAGACCGUCGUCUGGGCGACGCUACAGCUCGUGGCGGACAUCGCAGGUGCGGGAGUGCAGCUCAUUGCGCACGCACUCGUCCUCUUCGGCGUCCUGAGACAGCAGCGCGACGGCAUGCUGCUCGUUAUGGUGACGUUGGUCAGUCAAGUGUGGACUUGGGGAAGCUACAUGUCCGUCUUCAGCCCGGCCAAACUGUGGCUUGCGCGAACGGUGAAUGCGGCCUUCAUCAAGACGCGCGGCCUGAAGCGCAUCGUUCAGGACGGAAAUUUCCGAAAGGAGUUCGUAGCGGGAAACAUGGGCGAAUUCGCUACCUCAGAAUACACUUCCGCUGCAGAAAUAGUCGGAGAUCAAGACGCGGACUGGUGGGAAUGGAACGACCAAGUCUUUGACGGCUCCCGCAAGUGGAUCGAGAUUCUCGAAGGGCCGUUCGCGUUUAUACCCCAGCUCAUCUUUGUCGUGCGCGCCGUGAACUAUCCCACGGAGCUCCCGGUGUCGCUUGCUUCGCUUCAGCUCGUACAAAGCGCGACGACUACAUUCGCGUUCACGAUGGUUCAGCUGAUUGCACGCCUCCAGUCGGUCAGUACGCAGCUCGCUAACGUGCAAAAGAUGUACAACGUGCGCGACAUUCCCAACGAGAUUGUCGAUGGGACCGUUCCGUUUCCCGAAGACACAGCGCAGAUUCGAUAUGGCAUAUCUUUGGAGUUCCGGAACGUGUCUUUCAAGUACCCGGAGUCGGAGAACUGGGCACUCCGGAACGUCUCUUUCAACAUUCUUCCCGGUCAACUUUGCGUAAUCGUCGGCUCCAACGGCUCGGGAAAGAGCACCAUUCUGAAGCUCGUCACUCGGCUCUACGACCCUCAGGAGGGCGAGAUCUUCUUCGGCGGGCACGACAUACGCGCCCUCAAGCUCUCCGAUCUGCGCGACGCCGUCUCCGUUCUCUUCCAAGACUAUACGCUCUUCCCCCUCUCGAUCGCCGACAACAUCGGCCUCGGCCGCCCCGCGCACGCGCACGACGCCUCCCGAAUCGCCGACGCGCUCCACCUAGCCGACGCGACGGCCCUCGUUGCGAAGCUCCCCAAGGGCGCACAAACGUUCCUAGACCCCCCAGUCGAUGACGAGUACUCGUCCCUGCUCGAAGACACCCCGCUGCCCGGGGGCCCGCCUGGUGUGGUGGUCGACUACACGGCGCUCAAGGCUGCGGCGAGCGUGGAGAAGGCGAGUGAAGCCGGCCUCAGCGGCGGGCAGAUGCAGCGGCUCGCGGUCGCGCGCACGUUCAUGCGCUCUGUCGUGGGCGGGGACUCGCCCGUGGGACUCAUGCUCUUCGACGAGCCGAGCGCUGCGCUGGACCCUAUCGCCGAGCACAACCUGUUCGACCGCCUGCGCGAGCUCCGGGGGAGCAAGACGCUCUUGUUCUCCUCGCACCGCUUCGGGAAGCUCACGCGGCACGCGGACCUCAUAUUAUACAUGAACGAGUCCGUGGUUGUCGAGGCGGGCACGCACACCGCGCUCAUCGCCGCAGGCGGCGAGUACGCGCGACUGUGGCAAAUUCAGGUGGAAGCGUUUAUAUCAUGA